ACAAUACAAAUUUGUUAUAAAAUUGAUAUAUUACCUCCCUGAAUUAAGAAUACUAAUUAUUAAUUGUUGUGGCAUAUUUUUUAGUCGAUUAUUUUUAUUUAUCAAUUUAGCAUCGUUACAUCGAAACAGACAAUAUAUAAUAAUUAUCUUUUCUUUUCUCUUUUAUAAAAUAAAUCCAGACGUGAUGUUGAAAGAAAAAAAAAUCUAUUUCGAAGGGUUAAAAUGUAUCUUUAAAUAACUGUUUAUUGGAAUAAUACAAAUAUUCAAUGUAGGAUUUUGUAAAAUUUAAGAAACGAAACGAAGAGAUUAAAAACAACAACAAAGAAAAAAAAGAUAUCUUUCAAGUUCGCCGCGUAAAGUUUAAUACAAUCUAAUUGGCUACGUUAAUGAAGUUAAGAGAUCAUCCGCGCAUGCGCAAUAGACCAUACGUACGAAAAGGAAAAGUGGCGCCUUAGUGAGCGCGCGAUUGGCGCCAUAGUCGCGUGGCAACUAAGCAAGGGGGAGGUUAGGUUAAGCAAGAUGGCGGGCGAAAUGGUUAUACGACGAUGUACUUACAUUUGCAUUUCUCCAACACUUUCAGAAGAAAAACGUACACACGAUGGAGAGGACGUGGCGGAGUAUACGAAAGACGGCCUUUAUCUUAUUGCUGCCCUUACUAUUGUUAACCGAUGUAAAAUGCGAGGCACCGCUCGUCGACAGUAGUGCGUUGCCAUUGGAGCACAGAUCGGUUUAUGGUCCACCUGCACAAUAUGGACCACCCACAUCGCAUGGAGCCGAAGAGAAUUGGCCUUUGGCUUCGCCUGAUACACCGCAGAUAAAACAUCUACAGGUGCAGUGCGAGAAGACGCAUAUGCGUGUUAACAUCGAAUUUGAUCGGCCCUUUUACGGGAUGAUAUUCAGUAAGGGCUUUUAUUCGGACCCCCAUUGCGUUCAUCUCAAACCAGGCACCGGCCAUUUGAGCGCAACUUUUGAAAUUUUUUUGAAUUCAUGCGGCAUGACAUCGUCGGCCAAUCACAACGUAGCCGCUUAUGGAGCACCUACGCCAUCGGGUAGUUACGUUGAGAAUACGAUCAUCGUUCAAUACGAUCGUUACGUUCAAGAAGUUUGGGAUCAGGCCAGGAAACUUCGUUGCACGUGGUACGAUUACUAUGAGAAGCAAGUUAAUUUUAGGCCGUUCCAAGUAGACAUGUUGCACGCUGUAACAGCUAACUUCCUUGGAGAUAAUCUACAAUGUUGGAUGCAAAUACAAGUCGGCAAAGGACCAUGGGCUAGCGAGGUUUCCGGUAUCGUUAAAAUCGGACAGACCAUGACUAUGGUACUUGCUAUCAAGGACGUAGAAAAUAAAUUUGAUAUGCUGGUCAGAAACUGUGUUGCCCAUGACGGCAAGAGAGCACCGAUUCAGUUGGUCGAUCAGUACGGCUGCGUCGUCAGGCCAAAGAUCAUGUCCAGGUUCCACAAAGUGAAGAAUUUCGGGCCAAGUGCUUCCGUCGUUAGUUUUGCUUAUUUCCAAGCCUUCAAAUUCCCUGACAGUAUGAACGUACAUUUCCAAUGUGUGAUUCAAGUUUGUCGUUACAAUUGUCCCGAAUUGAAGUGCGGUCAUCCGGGCUUGGAAUAUGGAGCACCUGCUGCUCCGUUGUCUCAGGAUUACGGCACUCCGGCUCACCAAAGCGUGUCCUCCGAAUAUGGACAACCCCCAUUGCCAGAGUACAGUGUACCACCCGCCUAUCCUGAUCCCAGGCAUCCUAGUGGACCAGCUGGUGCUUACAGCGAGCCCAAUCCAGACGUGGUCCCAGCACCUCAAGCACAAACGUCGUCAUCGUCGCCAAGUUCGACGCCUGGCGAUGCGACCGCGAGUAGUUCACCUCAGAGUCCUCAUGAUAACAUUCAUCUCCCUCCACCUCCUCUACCCGGUCAUCCAGUUGGAGCUUAUCAAACGGUUAAAAGAAAAGGUACGGCUGGCUCGGAGGAGCUUGAGGGUAACCUAGCCACCCUCGGAGGCCGACCGAGGUCGGUCGAAGGUUUUCCAGCUGAGCUUAGGGGAGCUCGAAGACGAAGGCAUGAUCGUUUAGAGGAAGACGAUGACAGUUUCUAUCAUACCGUCACUCUAGUCACGAAUCACGUGUACAAGCGAGCUGCUCAAGAGAUGACUGACGUGAACACGUCGAGGAUAAUCCAAGUGGUUGCACCCGGUGACGUGAACUUUGCUCUGGGCACGACGAAUUCGAACAAUGAUACGACAGUAGUAAUACAAAAUGCCAGCGCCUCGACUGAUCCUGAAACGAUUUGUAUGAGUUUACCAGGCUUCGUUGGGGGUUUAGUGAUGUUGCUACUUGUAGUAGUCGUAGCCUCUCUCGUGGCUGCUUUCCUAUUCGUCAGGGUACGUUCGGUCGAUCGGAAGAACGUUGGCAUUGGAAGCACCUUCGUUCAUCCGGCAUACGCCACUGAAAAUUGUACCGUACCGAAUCCUGAGUUCAUCAAGGUCGCCAAUUGAGAAGAGGCGUUCUUGCGUCAGACCACUUAAGGACCUCGAAUAAGGACCUUUACGUUGGAAGGAGGGAACGUCGACGAUCCUAAAGGGAAGGACACCCUUGGGACCCGCUCGUCGAGACGUUAUUUCGUUCACGACUCGAAAUUCAUCGAGGAUUCCUUCUUCUUAUUCCUUUUAUUCCUUUUACUUCUUCUUCUUCUUCUUUUUCUUCUUUUUCUUUUUCUUCUCCCGUUUCUUCAUAUUCGUCGCUUAUCGAAUCGUUUCCCUUGAAAUCAGGAUUCCUAUCUCCUUCUUUCUCUUUCUUUUUCUUUAUUUCUCUUUUUCUCUCUUUCUCCUUCCAUUCUCGUACGAUCAAAUUCUCCGCAGAGAUAUCGGGAUAGUUCGAGUAGACAUUCGGUCAUAUCGACUUUUCAAGUUGGAGGAAACUUUCUCGUUCGUAUUCUGGACCAAAUUUCUCGUGUUAAUCGAUGAGGAAAAUGGAGAAUGGGAAUGUUCUUUGGUUAAAAUUUCAAAUUAUGAGAGACUAAAGUUAGAUCAAAUGUUUCACAUUUAUCGACGUACUCUUCAACGAAGAUCGAAGAUAUGUACUUUUUCUUUUCUUUUUUUUUUUUUCUUUUUUUUCUUCUUUUUCUUCUCUCCUUUCUUUUUUCCUUUCGCAUAGAUGAGAAAAUAGACCGUUUUUUAUGAUCGGUCGAGAACGAAAGUAAUCGAGAUAGCGUUUAUCGAGAGAGCGAGUCAUCUUCCACGUUAAGUUGUUAAUACACCUGCGAUUUUGCCAAUGAAUAUGUAAGAUCGCAAGAGUAUCGGCUACUUUAGUUUUCGAAGGACAUUGUAUAUAAAUUCGCAGGCCAUCCGAUUGUCUUCGAAACUUUCAAUUGAAAUUCGCACAAAAUCCUGCGCUUCCGACCAUCACCCCGUGCACUCUUUAUUAUUUAUAUAUUCACCCACUCACUCACCCACUCACACAUACACAUACACACUUAUAUACAUGAUAUUUCAUUUUAAAUCGAACGUUUAAUUAUUAUUAUCGUAUAGAGUGGUAUGGAAAAAAUAAACAAAGAACAAAAGAAAUGUGACUUGACUCGAAUUUGCAUCGUAGUUCGAAGAGGGAAAAUGCCCUGAUAAAAAGAUUAGAUGUAUUUUUUCUAAGAUCAAUCUUUUUUCUUUCUUUUUUUUUUUUUUUUUUUUGAGAUAUCAACAUCUUCGAUAUUCCUUUUCGAUGGAAUAUAUUUUUGU